UUGCCAGCGCGGAGUCCAUGUGGCUCUCCUACGGUUACAUCCAGCGCUGUCCGACGGUUUGGGAUGUUCAGUCUCGCCCUACUCCCCUUUGACAGGGCCAUAUCGCCGCCGGGAGUCCGUCCGAGACGGCGACACAUGGGGAAUAUAAGAAACGGCCCUGCGCGAUGCAGCCGAGCUUCUGGUGCUGUUCAUUGUGUCCAUCCUCUCAAGCUUUUUUACUUGCAAAAUGCCUGCCAUCCCGGCGGAAAACCAGGUCGUCGACGCCAUCAACCAUGGCGAGGUGACCACGGUCAUCAGCCAUGCCACCCACCCCGACCCGGAGAAGCAGGGCUACGAGGUCGACGCAACGACCAUCGACCAUGACGAGGACUAUCCCGCUCCCACCGAGGAGGAGCUGAGCAGCCUACGCAAGGUCCCCGCCAACCUCCCCAUCGUGGCCUAUUCGCUGUGUCUGGUCGAAUUCGCCGAGCGGGCCUCCUACUAUGGUGCCCAGACGGUUUUCUCCAACUUCAUCGAGUUUCCGCUUCCCAAAGGUGGCAACGGUGCUGGUGCACCCCCACGAGGCACCCAAGAGACAGCCGGAGCCCUGGACAUGGGUCUACAAGCCAGUGACGCCUUGGUUCUGCUGUUCCAGUUCCUGGCCUACGUCGUUCCCAUCUUCGGCGGAUGGUGGGCCGACGUGCACAUCGGACGGUACAAGGCAAUCUGCAUCGGCGUGGCCAUCUGCGGUGUGGCGCACAUCAUCCAAAUCAUCGGCGCCAUCCCGUCCGUACUGCAGAAGGGAGCGUCGCAUGCGGCGCCACCGUUCAUCAUCGGCCUUUUGAUGCUGGCGUUCGGAGCGGGAGUGUUCAAGCCCAACAUCGCGCCGACGGUGCUGGACCAGUUUCGGCACCAGAAGCAGUUCACCAAGACGCUCAAGUCGGGCGAGAAGGUGAUCGUCGACCCGGAGAUGACGGCGACGCGCACGAUGCUGCUCUUCUACGGGGUGGUCAACGUGGGCGCCUUCUACAUGCUAGCGACGACCUACGCGGAGAAGUACGUGGGUUACUGGCUGGCGUUCCUGCUGGCGGGGCUGAUUUACUUUAUGCUGCCGAUCGUGCUGGCGCUGGUAUACAAAAAGACAUACAAGCUGCCGCCGAGCGGCAACUCGGAGCUGGGCCAGGCGCUGAAGAUCACGAUGACGGCGCUGCGCCAGAACAAGUUCCAGGUAUGGCGCAAGAACUUCUUCGACGCGGCCAAGCCGAGCGUGCUGGCGGCCAAGGGCAUUACGGUGAACUGGACGGAUAAACUGGUCGACGACGUGCGUCGAACCCUAGUGGCAACGGAGAUCUUUUUCUACUUUCCAAUCUACAACCUCAACGACGGAGGUAUUGGCUCGGUACUCAGCAACCAAGGCGCUUCGAUGACGACGAACGGGGCGCCCAACGACCUGCUCAACAACUUUAACGCGCUGACCAUCAUCGUGGCGGUCCCCAUCCUGAACUACGGGAUCUACCCGCUCCUGCACAAGUACAAUUGCCACCCGGGACGGAUCACGCGCAUCACGUUCGGGUUCUUCCUGGCGACGCUCGCCGGCAUCGCGGGGGCCGUCGUGCAGUACCGGGUGUACAAGACGAGUCCGUGCGGGUACUACGCGUCCAGCUGCGCGACCGGGGUCAGCCCGAUCAGCAUCUGGUGGCAGCUGCCGAACACGAUCCUAUCGGCGCUGUCGGAGAUCUUCUGCAAUGUGACGGCGUACGAGCUGGCGUAUGCGCGAUCGCCGGCCAGCAUGCGCGGGCUGGUGAUGGCGGUGUUCUUGUUCAUGACGGCGCUGAGCAGCGCGCUGGGCGAGAUCCUGGUGCCGGUCACGGAGGACCCGUAUUUGAUUUGGAUCUGGGCGGCGCCGGCGAUUGCGCUGGCCGUGCAGGGGGUGUUGUUUUGGUUCCGGUUCAAGCAUCUCAACAAUGAUGCGUUCAUGACGGACGAGAAGGAUUAUGUGGUCGAGGGGGUAGAGGAGACGCCGGUGGAGAAGGAGGAGAAGGAGGAGGUGGUGGUGAAGAGUGGUUAGGACGCCGUGGACGGCACGGGGGGAGGUUUUUAAAGAAUACCAUGAUUGAUGUUCAGUUUGACGUUUGUUGUAUGAUG